AUGCGGGACACUGCAGAAAAGUGCACACUGCGGAUUCCACAAAGUAGGCCCCAGCAGCUGUCAACUAUAGCUCAGAGCCCUACAUCACUGUCACCGUCAAGCUCGCUGUCGAUGCAGGCGACCACGCAACAAGCACUGCGUCAGCUUUCAGAGCUCAGCCCCCAAGCUCUGGCGAACAGCGCGCGGAAUUCGGCCAUUUGCAGCUUUAACGGCGAGGCCUCGACGGGGGCCACUGGGAAACGCUCUGCCACGCGGCUUUCAGAGCUCGAGGCACAAGGCCCUGCCAAUCUGGUGCGAGGGAGCACAGCCUCGCUCACAGCUGAAGGCUCGUUGUCAGCAUCACUGCCGUGCGCCGUAGCUCCGAGAUUGACCCAGCUCAGCACUCAGAACCUUGCGAACACCGCCUGGGAUCCGGCAGUGCCGGACAAAGCUCAGAAGCCUCUGCUCGCUCUGGCAUCCUCCACAGCACUCCGGCGGCUUACCUGGAUGGAUCACUUGCAUCCGCCUGACCGCUCCGAGCUGGUGGCCAGAUGUACUUUCAUCCUUUCUGUCGCCUGGGCCAUGGCCUUUACGGACCUCUUGGAAGACGAGGCCAGCCGAAGGCAACACGCAACUGGGGUGACCUUUUCCAUUCUAACGGCAUUCGCGAUCUCACAGUCACAACAGUGA